AUGCCUACGUUCUACGAGUCCAUUACAGACGAUCUGCGAGACUGGGCUCUACGCCAAAGUGUUUUCUUCGUGGCUUCCGCUCCUCUGCGUGGCCGACAUGUUAACCUAUCUCCAAAGGGCUUACCGGAUUCUUGCCUUGCGGUACUCGGCCCAAACCAGGUAGCGUAUAUCGAUUCAACCGGGUCUGGCUGCGAAACUAUCUCCCAUGUGCGCGAAAAUGGUCGCGUUACCGUGAUGUUCUGCUCGUUUGAUGCGUCUCCUCGUAUCAUGCGGCUGUUCUGUACCGGUUCGGUUAUCGAGUGGGAUCAGCCCGAGUUCCUUCGAUAUGCAGAGCGCAUGGGAAAACCAGGGCUUGUGGGAGCGCGUGCUAUUAUUAAUCUUGAUGUUUUCAAGGUCCAAACCUCCUGCGGCUAUGGCGUCCCGCUAUUGUCCCUAGCAAUCGAUCCUGAAACCAACCAAUCCAAGCCCUAUCUCGAAGACCGCCAGACACUAGCUCGCUCUGCCGCCAAAACGGCUAGUGCUGGGAAGAUGCAAGCAUACCAGCAAGAAAACAAUACCCGCAGUCUUGACGGACUCCCAGGCCUCCGAUCUGCGCUUAAAGACAGCGGCCAUUAUAUAUGGCGGGUGAAGUUAGAAAAUUGGAUGAGUCGACACUGGAAUGAGGUUGAAACAGGGAAGUUGUUGGCUUUGCUUUUGUUCGUGGGGUUGGUGGUAUUGAGGUGGGAUGAGUAUGCUUUACUGUUAUGGACCUGA